AUGUCGAGCUGGGACGUCGACGGCAAGGACUGGGGGUAUCCUUCACACACGGGCCUGCCUGUGGUUCCGGGCAGCGGUUUGCCCCCGCCGAUCAACGAGCGCCUGCGGGGCCUCAGGAGAGCAGAAUAACUCGGUCGCGCCUCGCAUGAUAGCAGGGCAGGCAGCCGCGCAGACUCAAGUUGCGCAAACCGCGUCAGCAAAACUUAGACCGCGAAGUUGAAGUUGGCGCCAGGUUGGGGCGUGUCCAGCACUUCAAACGUCAGUAACAUAGAGCAUCAGGUUCUAUAUUUAUAACCACAAAGUACGCGUGAACGACGUUUUCGCAGUCGAUUCGACGGUCCCAAAGGCAAGAUUUGCCGACUUCUUUCGCGCUGUCCUACAUGCUACUUGGCUUACUCCUUGCAGCCAUUACAACUAUGUGUUCAUAAAUGAUAACAUGUGUCACCACCACGAGCUAAAGAAGCGGCCUGAAGAUUUUUUGUCAUAACUCAUGCUAAGUUGAAGCUUCAUAUAGAUGUCGCGAUGGUGGUUUCUUUGCGCCGUUGCCCUAGCGUGCAUCGGCGAGUUGGCGCGCGCUCAAAGCAACUCUGAAGUCACUGUGGUUACUGAUAGUCAGCUCUUUGAUGCUAUCUGUAGCCAGAAGUACCGCGUAAUAUGGCUGGGCGCGUCUCUAUCGCUCCGGGAGGAGCACUGGCCCGCAAACUGCAGCGCACCCGUCCGGCUGCAGACGAACUUGACGCUGUCAGGCCCGCUGGAUGCGCCCAUACAGUAUACCGUGGACUUCAACUUUAUGGCCCGAAAGGUGGUCAUUCCGCCGUUCGGUGAGGUGCGGCUGCGCCACUUCACGGCGCGCAACACGCGGCGGGGCGGCGGCGGCGAAAUUGACUUCAUCGCGUACAGCCCCAAGGGCAUCCUGUGGACCGAUGACCUGAACAAGAACCAGAUCAUUUGCCUCCACUCCGACCCCUCCAAGCUCAUUCCGCUGCCGCUGCCGGUGGGCUUUCCCCAGUUUGCCAACCAGACCCAGGAUGUGAGUCUGUGGAACAACUACUGCGCCGCGGGCCGCUGCUGGAACGAGGUGCUCCACUACGAGCACUUUUCCACGGACGUGAAUGUGGGCUCCGACUCUGAGACGGGCGGCUACGUGAUGGCCAAGGUCAACUCCAGCAAAACAUGCGACGCCUUUGUGGACCAGCCCUGCAUGGACAAGAACGGCGGGGAGGCCUGCAUGCAAGCCGUCAUCAACGCCUUCCUCGCCAGCCUGCCGCCGGCCGACCCUCCUGUGGUGACGAGCGACCGGCAGCUGUUUGCGGCCAUCUGCGCCCAGAGCCCCCUCAUCUGGCUGGGCGCGGACUUGGACCUGCGCGAGGAGCACUGGCCUGCCAACUGCAGCGCGCCCGUGCGGCUGGACCGCAACAUGACCAUCAGCGGGCCGCUGGACUCGCCCAUCAAGUACACCAUCAACUUCAACUUCAUGGCACGAAAGGUGGUCAUUCCGCCAUUUGGUGAGGUGCGGCUGCGCCACUUCACGGCGCGCAACACGCGGCGGGGCGGCGGCGGCGAAAUCGACUUCAUCGCGUACAGCCCCAAGGGCAUCCUGUGGACCGAUGACCUGAACAAGAACCAGAUCAUCUGCCUCCACUCCGACCCCUCCAAGCUCAUUCCGCUGCCGCUGCCGGUGGGCUUUCCCCAGUUCGCCAACCAGACUCAGGACGUGAGUCUGUGGGACAACUAUUGCGCCGCGGGCCGCUGCUGGAACGAGGUGCUCCAUUACCAGCAGUUUUCCACGGACGUGAACGUGGGCUCCGACUCUGAGACGGGCGGCUACGUGAUGGCCAAAGUUAACUCCAGCAAAACAUGCGACGCCUUUGUGGACCAGCCCUGCAUGGACAAGAACGGCGGGGAGGCCUGCAUGCAGGCCGUCAUCAACACCUUCCUCGCCAGCCUGCCGCCGGCCGACCCUCCUGUGGUGACGAGCGACCGGCAGCUGUUUGCGGCCAUCUGCGCCCAGAGCCCCCUCAUCUGGCUGGGCGCGGACUUGGACCUGCGCGAGGAGCACUGGCCUGCCAACUGCAGCGCGCCCGUGCGGCUGGACCGCAACAUGACCAUCAGCGGGCCGCUGGACUCGCCCAUCAAGUACACCAUCAACUUCAACUUCAUGGCACGAAAGGUGGUCAUUCCGCCAUUUGGUGAGGUGCGGCUGCGCCACUUCACGGCGCGCAACACGCGGCGGGGCGGCGGCGGCGAAAUCGACUUCAUCGCGUACAGCCCCAAGGGCAUCCUGUGGACCGAUGACCUGAACAAGAACCAGAUCAUCUGCCUCCACUCCGACCCUUCCAAGCUCAUUCCGCUGCCGCUGCCGGUGGGCUUUCCCCAGUUCGCCAACCAGACUCAGGACGUGAGUCUGUGGGACAACUACUGCGCCGCGGGCCGCUGCUGGAACGAGGUGCUCCACUACCAGCAGUUUUCCACGGACGUGAACGUGGGCUCCGACUCUGAGACGGGCGGCUACGUGAUGGCCAAGGUCAACUCCAGCAAAACAUGCGACGCCUUUGUGGACCAGCCCUGCAUGGACAAGAACGGCGGGGAGGCCUGCAUGCAAGCCGUCAUCAACACCUUCCUCGCCAGCCUGCCGCCUGUGGACGACGGCACAUCAUCCACGGACAGCAGCGGCGGCGACAGCAGCAGCGUCAACGUGCUGGCCAUCGCCCUUCCCGUGGCUCUUGGAGGCGCGGCGCUGAUCGCCAUUGUUGCCGCGGCGGCGGUGUGGGCCGUGCGCAAGCGGCGGCGCGAGGCGGCGGAGGCCGCGGCCGCCGCCGCCAAGCUCGGUGACCUGGAGUCGGGUGGCGGCGGCGGGCUGAAGAAGCGCAGCAAGGGCGGCGACAGCCAGAGCAGUGACAGCAAGGAGCACCAGAACAGCGAGGAGGAGAACGCUGUGGGCGCCAUGUACACGCAUCACCACAACCACAACAUCAACGGCCACGAGCGGCCGCACGACACCAUUGCCAGCAGCUUCAAAUAUGAGACGGGUGACGACAUGGGCCGCUGCCUGGCCGCGAACCUGCUGGUGGGGGGCGGCAGCGCCGCCACCAGUCUGGCGACGGGCAGCGUCGGCGGGCUGGCGGUGGUGGAGGGAGUCAUGGACGAUGGCAGCGUGUGUGCUCUGUCCGUGGGCGCGGCUCUGGGCCAGGGCAGCUUUGGCGUGGUGUUCCGCGGCAACUGGCGCGAGCGGUCCGUGGCCGUCAAGGUCAUCUGCUGCGAGCGGCAGCACGCGGAGCAGGUGUCCUCCGAGGUCAAGCUCAUGAUGAGCGACGCCUGCCGCCACCCGCACCUGCUGCGCGCGCUGGCGUGCAUGAGCCGAACCCGCAUCGUCAACAGCAAACUGAACCAGGCGGCCUCAGCCCUGGAGGCCACGCUCAGCACGCUGGGCUCACGGGCCCGCUCCCGCGGCAGUGCCGGCCCCGGCGGCUCGCAGCAGCAGCAGGGUGCGGCGGGCAGCGGCAGCGGCUCUUAUCGGGAGUCGGGCGCCAACGCGGCGGACCUGAUGGAGACGUGGAUCGUGUCCGAGUACUGCGACCUGGGCGCGCUGGCCCCGCACGUGCACAUCGCUAAGAAGUUCCUCACGCAGCAUCGGUCGGGCGGGGAGCGGCGGCCGCUGCUGGCGCCCAUCCUGGGCUGCCUGCGCGACAUCGCCGCGGGCAUGGCGCACCUGCACUCCCUCAACGUGGUGCACGGGGACCUGAAGCUGGCGAACGUGCUGCUCGCCAGCCCGCGCUGCGUUGCGGCUGCAGCUGCAGCGGAUGCGGGCGCCAGCGCAGGCGCCUGCAGCAGCGGUGCCGGGGGCGGCGCUGCCGCCAGCGCUAGCGGCAUCGCCAGCGGCGCCGGCAGCCCGGACGACGCCGCGGCGGCAGGCUUGGAGAACACUGGCGGCGGCGUCGACAGCUCUGACGCGUCGCUGUGGAGUGUGUCUCAGGUGCCGCUGCCGGCGGGCUUUGUGGCCAAGGUCGCGGACUUUGGUCUGAGCAAGGCGCUCAAGGAGGGCCAGACGCACCACUCCACCAAGACGGUAGGCACAGUGACGCACCAGCCGCCGGAGCUGCUGCGCAGCGGCAAGUUGACACUCAGCGGCGAUGUGUACAGCUUCGGCAUCAUGGCCUGGGAGAUGCUGACGGGCUCGGUGCCGUACAAGGGGCUGAUGUACGGCGAGGUGGUGGAGCGGGUGGUGGUGUCGCACCGCCGCCCCGAGUUCCCGCCGCACACGCCCCUGGCCUACCGCGCGCUGGUGGAGCGGUGCUGGGCGGCGGAGGCGUCCGCGCGGCCCACGUUCAAGGAGGUGCUGGCGGAGCUGGAGACGCUGCUGGCCGCCGCGCCGCAGCUGCAGGCGGAGAGCGACGCCGUGGCGCUACCGCCGGCCACCGCCUCCUCCUCCUCCUUCGCGCCCGCCACCGCCGCCACCACCACCUUGAACACACCCAGCGGCGGCGCCAGUGGCGCGCCCACCAGCAGCGGCAGCGGCGGCAGCGGCGCCACGCCGGCCACGCCACAGGGUAUUGCCGCUGUGGCGGCAGCGCAGCUGGCGCCUCCGUCCUAGUUGUCGUGAUGGUUAUCGUAACGGUGCAGGUGAUGACGACCAGGUGUACCGCGAUCUGUAUGUGACGCGGAUGGCAAUGUGGGAUUUUUGGGUUUUGAUUGUGGGGCUGCUCUGCCAGAGACAGCAGACAGGGCUGCACGGCAGGUGUUUCCGCGACCAUUCGAGUCGCUGGUUGCGCCUGCAGCGCGCGUGAGCACAUUCGCGGUAGGAGCCAGCAUUGCGCUGCGAGGCACAGUUUGGGCACCGGAGUUACAUACGCUGCUGCCGGGAUCAGAAAAUAAACUAGGCCGCCCACUUGGGAGGCCUGCGGUUUGUGCAGGAGCGGAUUUUUGGAGGGAAGUGAAGCAGGCAACUGUGUAUAGAGGGUUUAAGCAAGGCUUUGGCUGUUGUGUUGCGCUGCAUUUACUGCAUGCUGCCGUCUACCUGCUCGUCGUGUGCAAACGCGAGACUCCAGCACGUUCGUGUGAGUUAUCAAGUAAACACAACACCCUUCUGUCCUGUUGCGUUCCGGUCUGUCGGCUGUUGUUACUUGUGCUCCUCUCCGUUUGCUGCUUAUAUGAAUGCCGCCCUGGGAGCGCGUUCAGAUGCGAAGAAGUUGGACGACGUUUGGCAACUUGUGGUGAAACGGGUGCGUGAGUUCGGCGCUUGUUGGUUUCGUGAUGAUCGCGCUACCUAGGUGUGUGGUGACACAGGUGCUUCCGUACGCCGCUUCGGUGCGGGUACGGCUCUGACGACUUGUGUGCGUGUUGAUGGCAAGUGAUUUGAGCGAUUGGAAGGUGUUAGCGAUUCAAGAACAGUCCCGGUGCAGUGGAAGGCGUUGCAUGCCAUGGUACACAGCAUCGAGCGCGAGAGUGUGGGUCAAUGCCCGGCGGCCUAAACAGCCGUGCGUGCGAUAUUUGUGGUCGCCAGUGUUAUUUAUUGCACACGCACUUCUAAAGGAGGGCAUAGUCGACGAACACACAUAAAAAGGCACGGAGCCAGCAGUUGUGUGGUUCGGGCGUAUGCCACCCCUGCAGCUUUUGCCGAACCACUGACCCUAGCAUAUGGUAUGCACGCUUAGCGCACGAUUACACAAGGGCACUAGUUGGUGCGUGUUCCGAGGUACGCUUGCAGGGCUGCGCAUACGCAUGGUGAGAGAGAUCUGAUGAUGAUGAUGAGAACCAUGAGCUGAAGCAUCACCGCGCGGCAAAACCUCCCGGUCUAGUUUCCAGCUUUACAUUCGAUCCUUUGAAUGUGGCUUGGAUUAAGCGUAAGGGUUGCCCUCGAAGUGCGCUUACGUGGUGGGAAUGGAGUUUGAGGGUGAGUGGGUGGAUGCUUGAGGAGCCGGCGGUGUGUUUUGUGGAAGCGCGCCAGCGGCGAUGGUGCAGCGAGUGCUGCUCGCUGCAAUUCAUUCUUUGUAGACGGUGAUCGAAAGCUCCCUGGCGUGUGAUCGGAGGCUGUGCCGGAUUCCCGCGGCAAUGCUGCUGCCGUUUCCAACUACCGGUAGUAAAUAAACGGCCCCUGCAUGGGAGUCACAGGGUACGGUAUGCGUGGCCCACGGGCCCAGGCACCUGUGCACCACGCUUACCACAACUAAUGGCGUUGUAACGCUACACGGCA